CGCGCUCCUCGGAUCGAAUCGCCUUGGAAUUAGUCGGUUAAUCAAGUGUGUGGCGCGCUCUAAUCAUUAAUUAAGUGUCUUAGGAAAAGCCAUUUUCCAUUUUGGCUAUCAAAACGGGUUUUCCAUCUACUGCCAUGUUUUUGUGGCAGUCCCAUUUGUGAAAAAGUAAAAUAAAAAUCGUUUUGCGGGCCAGUUAGAUUUUCACCUGAAUUUGCAAUCAAACGUAAUUAUCACAAUCACACCGGCAACAUGGAAACCACGACACCAGCGAUGGACCUGUUUAUGCUGAAUAGUACAACAACGGUCACUGCAAUACCUCCCAAGGGCCUCUAUGCGAAUCGGAAUCGCUUGAUCUUCGGUGUCAUUGUCAUGGUUUUGGGCGUUUUUGGAAAUUCGCUGGCACUUUUUAUUUUGGCGCGCAAAAAGCGAAAUAAAAACAGCAAAUACACGCUCAUGUUGCGAUGCCUGGCCACUAACAAUCUGGUGGCUCUGCUGGGUAUGCUGACCACAACUCUGCUGAAGAUGUACCUUUCCAAGGAGGUCCUGCAGUCCUUCAUCCGAGCGGAUUGUAUGGGUCUUGUGGUGUGGCGGUUCUUUGGCCUUAGCUCUGGAUGCAUUGCGGCAGUCAUGGCAGCGGAAAGGUGGAUGGCCUUGGCAAGACCCUUUAUUUACCACAAGCACAUCACCUUCGAGCUGAUUCGCAAGCUGAUUCAGUACAUACUGAUCGUGGCCGUGGUCAUCACGUUCCUGCCAUUUGUUGGGUUUGGAGCCUAUAUUGAUGAAUCUGAUCCCGACCACAUGAAAUGCAUACGAUAUCGCGAUGCGCCGGGAGUGUGGAACAAGUCGUACGCGGUGCUCUUUAUGGUCUUUGGUACCCUGCUCUGCAUAGUGAUCGUGGCAUGCAAUCUCUUCGUGGCACACACAUUGCUCUGUGUGAUCGGUAGGAGUCGCACGGCCAAAAGGCACAUGCACUAUGACCUGGUGACCAGGGACAAGAGCAGUGCUAUUAGCAUCGAUCCGGAGAGCAGCAGCGGCACCACUCUCUACCAGACGCAGCUUAGCUCAGGAAGCGGGAACAGCCAUCGCAGUGUCCAGCCAACUAGGCAAUUCCGUCAUAGCGUUAGCGUGACUAUGGCUGCCACGGAUUCCUCACCGGUGGAGAUAAAGUUCGCCAAAUUGAUGGCGUUUCUCAGUAUCUCAUUUGUCAUCUGCUGGAUGCCACAGAUGAUUGCCAUACCAUUGGCCAUUGCCCCGAACCGGGUACCUGCAACGAAUAAAUUUUUCAUAAUCGCUGAUGUCCUCACGGCUUUGCACUUUACCUCGGAUCCGUAUGUCUAUGUCUUGAGUCGAUCCAAGUCCAUCAACUGGUCAUUGUUUAGCUGCAUCAAGCGCUGGAGGAGUGGAUGGAGACCGGGUGGACUCCGCCGAUCUCAGAGCGAUCAGAGCCGCAUGCGCACCACCAUGACGGAGGCGAAUACUCUGGACUUCAACUGAUUCCCAUUGACCCUCACAUUGCACCCAAGUACUUAAUUCCACAUCCCCCAGGUUCAGUGGGAUCUCACUCAAUUGUCAUUUGCGCUACCCUUGAAAUACUCGAAAGAAAGGCGCCUCCUAGUCUUGUAAGCUGUACAUAAUAUAUCCAUACAUUGUAUCACAUCAUAUCAGGGCUUUCCUUAUAUGUAUGCUCAGCGCACAUAAUCUCAAUAUCAAUAUUUGCGAUUGGUGGCAUAAAAUAUAUAGCUUGUGUGUAUGUAAAGCUAA